AUGUUUGCGGAGACAGGACUUCUGUUCCCAUAUUUUCGGAAUUUCUCUCAAGAGUUUCAACAACUUGAGGAAUACUGCAUGACCCAGAAGUCCAAUGCUUCAAUGAAUGACCUUGUUCAAUCUUCCUCUGCAAUCUCAGACUAUGAUUUGUUAAUAGAGGGAGAUCUGUUCAAAGCACCUGAACCUAUUAUUGAAGAACCAGCAAUGGACCUCGAUCUCGUGCAAGCAGACAUCUCAAUGAUAUCUUGUGGGGAGGAUGUCUCCUCACAGGGUCUAAAAUCAUCAGAUAUUGAUGUACUUCAAAAUGAACAGCUUCUCAGUGAGGUAUUCUACGAGUGCAAAAAGGAUCUCUUAGAAAAGACAGUGAUAGAGUCACCACUCUCAGAUAUUAUGGAAAUCAAGGUUCCAGCUCUGAACAUUGAGGAGAAUUCAGUUCAAGUAAACAAACCAUUUCCUCACAUGACUCUACCAAAGAGUAUCAGUUCAGGAAGCCUGAGUUCAAUGGACUGGAUGCAUGGAGCUGCAAUGAAGCCUGCUUUUCUGGAUUUCCCGGGAAUAGAUUUCAAUGAAGUUUAUGGCAUGCGGAGAGCUUUUAGCGAAGGAGAUAUAAAGACUCUUAGUACUGGCAACACGAGCUUUAGCCAAUGUACCCAGGAGAGGCCUUUUCUUCUCAGCAACUGCACAAGUGAGGAACGACAGGAAAAGCUUUCCAGAUACAGAAAUAAGAAGACAAAGAGAAAUUUUGGGAGGAAAAUCAAGUAUGCUUGCAGGAAAGCACUUGCUGACAGUCAACCAAGAAUCCGUGGAAGAUUUGCAAAGACAGAAGAGUUAGAUGUGAAGAGGCAAUGA